AUGUCUCUCUCUUCUCAACUCUUGUCAUUCCAUCAACCAUCUUCAUCAACUCCAAGCACAAAUUCACCUCAACUCCCUUCACAACGACACCCACUUGCUCUCAGAACUCGUUUACUUUUGUUCCCUCUCUCCCUUCAAAAGCCUCAUCCAUGCACGUCUUGUGCGGUUGAUUCAGCGUUAUGUGAAGGGACUCAGGUUCAUUGUGAUGUUGUGAAGUUUGGUUUGGAUUCUGAUGUUUAUGUUGGUAACAAUUUGAUUAAUUUUUAUGGUUGUUGUAAGAGGAUUGUUUACGCGCGUAAGGUGUUUGAUGAAAUGUGUGCGAGGACGAUUGUUUCGUGGAAUUCUGUUAUGACUGCUUGUGUUGAGAAUGUUUGGUUGAAUGAUGGGAUUGAGUAUUUUUUUAAGAUGAGGGAUUGUGGGUUUGAGCCGGAUGAGACUAGUAUGGUUUUGUUGUUGACUGUUUGUGCUGAGUUAGGUUAUUUGAGCCUUGGAAGAUGGGUUCAUUGUCAGGUGAUUUUGAGAGGGAUGGUUUUGAGUGUUCAGUUAGGUACUGCUCUUGUUGACAUGUAUGGUAAGUCGGGUGAUUUAGGUUAUGCUCGGGUUGUAUUUGAAAGAAUGGAAAAGAGAAAUGUGUGGACUUGGAGUUCUAUGAUAACGGGGUUAGCGCAACAUGGUUUUGCGGAGGAAGCUCUUGUAUUGUUCGAGAUGAUGAGUGAUGAAAAGAGUAAAAAUAUUUUGCCUAAUUAUGUUACUUAUCUUGGUGUUCUAUGUGCUUGCAGCCAUGCUGGGAUGGUUGACGAGGGUUACCGAUACUUUCGCGAUAUGGAAAUUCUUCAUGGGAUAAAACCUAUGAUGGUUCACUAUGGAGCAAUGGUCGAUGUAUUGGGUCGUGCCGGCCGUCUUAGCGAAGCUUAUGAAUUUAUACAUAGGAUGCCUUUUGCGCCGGAUCCAAUUGUGUGGAGGACUUUGUUAAGUGCAUGCACGGUUCAUGAUGUUUGCGACCGUGCGGGAAUAGGGGAUAAAGUAAGAAAGAGAUUACUUGGAAUGGAGCCAAAGAGGGGAGGGAAUUUAGUUAUUGUUGCUAACAUGUAUGCAGAAGAUGGAAAGUGGGAGAAAGCGGCGAAUGUGAGGAGGGUAAUGAGAGAUGGAGGGUUAAAGAAGAUGGCUGGAGAGAGUUGGGUUGAUUUGGGUGCUUCUAUGUAUAAGUUCUUUGCCGGGUAUGAUUCUAGCUCAGAUUUGAUGCCUGUGUAUGAUCUGUUAGAUGUAUUGAAUAUGCACUUGAAGAUGGUUCAUUGA